UUUCUUCUUUUGUUUCUUUCUAUCCAUUUCCGUGUUCUUCUUCUCUGAUCGGUGGGCGGCAAUGGCGGGCGAGAGGGAGGAGAACGUGUACAUGGCGAAGCUCGCCGAGCAGGCGGAGCGCUAUGAGGAGAUGGUGGAGUUCAUGGAGAAGGUGACCGCCGCAGCGGCGGCGGCGGAGGGGGAGGAGCUCACCGUGGAGGAGCGCAACCUCCUCUCGGUGGCCUACAAGAACGUCAUCGGCGCCCGACGGGCUUCGUGGCGGAUCGUGUCGUCGAUCGAGCAGAAGGAGGAAAGCCGCGGCAACGAGGACCACGUCGCGGCCAUCCGCGACUACCGUGCCAGGAUCGAGGCCGAGCUCACCAGCAUCUGUUCCGGGAUCCUCAAGCUCCUGGACGCAAGCCUCAUCCCCUCCGCCUCCGUCUCCGACUCCAAGGUCUUCUACCUCAAGAUGAAGGGCGACUACCACCGGUACCUCGCCGAGUUUAAGACCGGCUCCGACCGCAAGGACGCCGCGGAGAGCACUCUUGCUGCCUACAAGUCCGCCCAGGAUAUUGCGGCGGCGGAGCUGGCGCCUACGCACCCGAUCCGGUUGGGGCUGUCCCUCAACUUCUCGGUGUUUUACUAUGAGAUCUUGAACUCGCCGGACCUGGCUUGCACUCUCGCGAAGCAGGCAUUUGAUGAAGCGAUUGCAGAGCUGGAUACGCUUGGUGAGGAAUCGUACAAAGACAGCACUCUUAUCAUGCAGCUCCUCCGAGAUAAUCUUACCCUGUGGACCUCAGACAUGCAGGAUGAUGGGGUAGAUGAGAUCAAAGAAGCACCCAAGCAUGAGGAUGAACAGCAGUAGGUGGUAUUUCAUUGGUUCCUCAUAGCUGAUCAAGGGUCCCCGCUGAUUUGCCCCAUUAGAGAUAUAGAUAUUACUUCUUCUCAUCUGGCCGCUUGAUGUCUUGGCAUUCCAUUCGUCACCUAUCUACUGCCCUGUGAAGUUCCAAAUAUCAUUUUGUUUGUGUUUUUGGUUUAUCUUGCUCUCUCUGCUUUUCCUCUUAAAUUUGAAUCUUUUGCUUUUGCCUGUUCCUUUUAUCAUCAUUAGGUUUGCUGCUGUUGGGUUUGAAUUUGAAAAUGCCAGACUCUGAUAUGUUGGCCGUCGAAGCCCCCUCUUUUAUGGUAUACAAUGGCUUUCCUGGAUGAUAUGUAAUGACAGACUUCAUCUCAUGUUAUUUACAGAAAUAGCUUAUGUACAAUUAUGUGCCUGCUUUUGUUAUU